AUUUACAAACUCAGCUAAUUCGAGUUCUCAACCAACCCACUGGCUAACGAACAUUAUUAGCAAGUUCCUCCCGGGAUGGUUGAAAGAUUUUAUAUGGCCUCAAACAACUCAAAGAGUCGCAACUGAGGAUACCUCAGUGGCUUCUAGUUCAAAUUUAACUGAAACAGAAAAUAUAGUUCAGAGUUCUAUUGAUGAAUUACAUGGAACGAUUGUGGAAAGAGAAGAAAAUCAUAUUCAAUCAUCUCAGUUAAAUGCAGUUAGUAGAAGUUCAUUAAAGGUUAAAUAUAGUAGGUUAGGUUCUUCAAGAGGGACAGCAGUUUUUGGAGGCCGAAUAAAAUCAAGUUCUGCACAAAGGCGGGGAACCAUCACCCGAGCAAGACCAAAUCACAUUUCUGCACGAGAGGAGGACCUUCUGUAUCCUGGAGAGAUGAAAGAUUCCUUACCAAUCAAAAAUGAACUUUCAGAAAUACCAUCAGAUUGGUAUAAACCUUUUAAAGAUUUAACAGUAAACGACUCAUUCUCAUCAUUUACAUCAGAUGCAUCGUCAUCCUCUAAAAAAGAAGCACAUGCAAUCAAAAAACCAUCAAGCAAAGGACCUCCCCUUAAAAAAUUUAAGACCAAUCUUGUGCCUGAUGCUCACUGGUUUGAUUAUUAUCCUUCAGAGAAAAAUGAUAGUGAGAAAAAACCGACGCUUGUUUCAAAGAGUACAACUUCCAAAAAGCAGCCUAUUAAUGGUACUGUUUCUAUUCAAACGCAAAACCCUUCAGUUUCUACUGUUUCAACAAAAUCUGCCCUCGAGAUGUCCGAUACUCAAGCAAAAACUCCACUUUCUUCUGCAUCCAAUACUGAAAAUAAGAUAACACUUAAAAAACCUGAUGAUCAAAUAAAAAAAUCAUCAACUUCUGCUGUAAUUGAACCUACGCUCAAUUCUGGAAACGAAUUGGCAUCUGUUGACCAAACAAAAAAAAUCUCAACUUCCAAUACUUCGACCUCAUCUGCAUCCGAUUUUGGGAACGGAUUUUUAUUAGGGAUAUCUGCUGAUCAAACAAAAAAGUCUCUAACUCCUACCUCAACUGAUUUGGGAAGCAAGUCCUCGUUUGGAGCAUCUAGUGAUCAGAUGAAAAAACCUUUAAAUUCUGCUGCUUCAACUAAAUCGAUCACAGAUUUUGGAAGCAAUAUUGAAUUUGAGACACCCAACGAUCAAACGAAAAAACCUUUAAUUUCUGAUACUUUAGAGGACCCUACCUCCAAUAUUGGAAGCAAGAUUGCAUUUGGGAUUAUCGACGGUCAAACGAAAGAAGCCUCAGUCACGUCAACAAAACCUGCUGUCGGUUUCGUAAGUAAGUUUACAUUUGGUGUAUCCGGCGAUCAAACAAAACAACCUUCAGUCACCUCAACUAAACCUGCAUCCGACCUCGUGACCAAGUUUACAUCUGGGAUGGCCAGUGAUCAAACAGAAGAACCUUUGGCCGCGUCAACUAAACUUGCUCCUGAUUUUGGAGGCAAGUUUGCAUUUGGGAUUUCCAGUGAUCAAAAAAAAGAACCUUCUGCCACCUCAAUUAAACCUGCAUCCGAUCUUGGAAAUAAGUUUAUGAUCGGUGAUCAAAUAAAUGAACCUUCGACCGCAUCGACUAAGUCUGCGUUAACCAGUGAUCAAACAAAAGAGCUUUCAGCCGCAUCAACUGAACCUGCAUCAGACCUUGGUGAUCAAACAAAACAACUUUCAGUCACCUCAACUAAACCUAUGUCUGAUUUUGGAGGCAAUUUUACAUUUGAGAAAUAUAAUGAACAAACAAAAAAGCCUUCAAUUUCUGCUACUUCAAAUGAUGCUACACCCAGCAAACUCAAGUUUGGUAUGCUUGCUCCAACCAAACCUGCAUCUAAUUUUGGAAAAAGUUUUACGUUUGGGACACCUGACGGACAAAAAGAAAAACCACUAGAUUCUUCUACUUCAACUAAAACUUCACCAAAUUUUGGAUCACUUUUUACACCUGAUAAAUCUUUAAAUUUUUCGACGUCAACGAAGUCAGUGUUUAAUUUAGAAACCUCUGAUUCAAUUAAAACAUUUUUUGGAACAUCUAGCAGCCAAGCACUGAGUGCAACAACAACUAGUAUUUCAACCAGGUCUCAUUUUGACUUUGGAAAUAGUCCCGCGAAGUCAAAUAUCUCUUUUGAUGUUCCACAUUCUUUAUCUGCGCCAAACAAUGAGGGUCAGAUGGCUAAUGAAAAGGAAGAACCAUUUAAAACAUCUAGUUCUGAAACUCCUCUUAAGUCGAAAGGUGAUGAGACUUUAACCGGACCUAAGGAGAUUGAACCAAAGAAGGAAGAGGUCUCACUAGAAUCGAAGAAGGAUGAGACUUUUCUAGAAUCAAAGAAAGAUAAUGGUAAAUUUGAAUCAAAAAAUGAUGAGACCUCAAUUGAAUCAAAGAAAGAUGGGACAGCGCCUGAAUCAAAGAAAGAUGAGACAGCGCUUGAGUCAAAAAAGGGUGAAAUCGUGCUCGAAUCAAAGAAGGAUGAUACCGGGCUUGAACCAAAGAAGGAUGGAGCUUUAGAUCCAUCCAAUUUGUCAUCUAUAUUGGCGAGUAAUUCAAAGGAAACCAUCGGGGAUAUUAAAGAUAAAAGUUCACCGUUUGCUCCUAAUAGUUCUCAUACACAAACACUUGCUCCGAGUCCCUUAUCUGGAUCUCCGAUGGAUAUAGACACAAGUAAUGUAAACCAUCAAGCUUCCAUUACACAAUCAUUAUCUUUUACCUCUACAUCUUUCGAUUAUUCGAAUUUCGGACCGAAUCUUGGAAAAAGUCUUUCUUUCAAUAGCGGUCAGACAUUCAAUUUUAACUCUGGAGAUAUGUCAUCAACAGAUGCACAAUCAAGUUACGGUUCUAAAUAUCGACCAUUUAACCCUAGAAAACAACGGAACAAACGUACCUAUGAAUCAUCUGGUAACGAAGGACGCAACAUAUUGUUAAAUCCUAAAACAGAGUCCUCUGACGGACGUAGUUCCAAUCGAAUGAUGAUGUCCGAACCUGGCGCGUUUACUUUCCAAAUGAAUUCUCAAAAACCUGAUUUGCCAACUAUUCCAACUCAACCAAUUUCAUCAACUGGCUCAAUUUUCAAAUUUGAUAUUCCUGAAAGUCAAAAAAAUUCUGGAAAUCCGUUUCAAACUAUGCCCAUUUCCCAACCAUCUUUACAAGGACCGAAUUUGACCACAUUUAAAUUUCAAGACCCUCAAAGUAACUUUAUACCACAAGUUCCCUCAUCUACAUCGAUCUUCACUCCCUUCAGCGGAAAUGGAGGAACUUCUGGUUUCAACGCACCUCAAUCGGUGAUUUUUGAUAAUAAUGCUAAUUCAGCCGGUAGUGGUUCGAGUACUCCCACAAAUAUAAAUAUGAAUAGCGGUGUUGGGCAGUUAUUCACUCAGCAAAACCAGCAAAACCAGCAAAAUAGAGUGUUGGCCAGAAUGCGUAAGCCUAAAAGAAAGUAA